AUGUUGUUGUACAUGUGGUGGAAGGUACACACAACCAGCUCGAGGGAACGCGUGAUCCAGCUGCGGGUCAACGGACGUGUCGUCCCGCUGUGCAUGAAGCUCGGCGCGGCGGGAGAGGCAUUCUUCGUGGAGCGGGUCCAUAACCCCCUGCGGAGAGACCUGGCGACGUCGCCGCUGACCUCCCCCCUGCGAGAAGGGCGGAUCGACGCGGAUGCACCGGACAAUAACGGCGGCGCCGGCGGGCAGUGGGAUGAGGAGUCCGGUGCUCAGGAUGAUUGGGAAUCGAGAAAACCCAAGAGCGGUCGCCGGAAGCACAACGCCCGGCGUGCCCGAGGCAGACGCGCCACGAGCGACAUGGACGAGUCCUGUCUGGCUUCGGUAGCGAGCGUCGAAGAGGCAGGAGGGGCCAGGAUGACAAGAGCGUCCACGGCGGCGGAGUCCUCGACCGGCACGCCGUGGCCUUCAUCGCCGCCGGCGACGGCGGCAGCGGUCAUGUCGAGAGCAAGGUCACUCCAGGACCACCUGGGAGGCGGUAGCGGUAGCGGUAGCGGCGACGAGGAGCCGACAGCGGUGGCGUGGGCGAUCGGGGCGGAGGAGAUCAGCGGCAGCAGCGGCGGCGAAGGCGGCGAAGGCGGCGGCGGGGUGACGACGGGGGCCGGCGGCGCGCCGUCGUUGACGCAGGACAACGGGCCGCCUCUGGUCUCGGCUUUCCGGGGGAACGAAGGCGGCGGCGGGGCCCUGGCAGUAGCCCCUUCCCGUCCUGUCCCCGGCGUCGAUGCAGGCGGUGCGGGGCAGACUGGGUACCAUCACCCCCCGUCUACCGGCGGCGGUGAGCGGCAGGACGCACCGGGCGUUGCCCGGGCGCCCCUGGCGAAGCCAUCCCCACCUGCUUCGUCGGGUGGUGGUGUUUUCGUUGCCGCUGGUGUGGGUACCGGGGCCAGUUUGUCCGCGGACCCCUCUGCUGCGGGAGAGAGAGGCGCCGCGGACGCGGCGGCCGGACAGCCACAAGCGCCGUCGGCUUCGCCGUGGAUAGGCCGCGGCGGCAGCGAUGACGGUGGCAACGACGAUGAUGGCGGCGGCGGCGGCGGCGGCGGCGGCGAUUCUCCGUCACCUCCGCCCGCUGCUGCCGCCGUCCACCCCCCGCAAGGGGUAGCGAGCGGUGGCGGCGGCCACGACGACGAGACGGCGAUGAGAAUCUGCGUGACCGACGUCCUACUCGAGACGGAGGAGAGCGAGUCUUCUUGUCUCCCCCAGCCGCCGGGGGAAGGGGGGGAACUGCGCCACCCCUCCUUGUUGCAGGCGCUAGCGCCAGGACCGGCUGCGCUGCAUGGCGUCGCGUUGCCAGCAGCAGCAGAAGGCGGCGGUAUUUCUCGAGCUCACGAGGACGAGCCUCGCGGCACGGACGAGGGCCGUGGGCCGCCGUCCGGCCCCGGCGUGACGGCGGCAGCGGUCACGACGACGAAGAGGGAGCCCGAAGCGGUGCGGGUGAGCGAGGGCGACCACCUCGCACUCGCGCACCUUCUCCUGAGAGCGCGCGAGGACAGCAGCUGCCUGCCGAGCCACCGCGAAGACCAGGACAAGGGUGAUGACCCACUGCCGCCAGCAACCGCCGUGGGGGCUCCUGCUGCCGGAUCAGCCGUGGGAGCGGUAGAAGCGAGACAGGCGGGCGCGCCGCCGCCGUCCCAGGAGCCAGGACUGGCGGCUUCGGCAGCGGCCGCCUCCCUCCCACCCCAGGGGUGCAUCUUCCCGGGGGACGUGGAGUCUGAGAUGAACCAGGAGGUGGUGGCGAUAGAGACGCUCUCGGCUGACGCAGAGGCCUGGCUCACGGGUGAGCCCGCUAGCGGCGGCAAGGAGAUGGCGGCGCAGCGCGUCAUCGUGGCCUCUGCGUCUGGCUCGUCGCUCGACGACAAGCCCAGAAGCAGACACGGCUCGAACGUCGACUUGAAAGGUUUCCACACGCCGCACGGGGGCUCGGCGACGGACCUGACGGAGCUGUCUCCCGCCACCGAGCGAGGGGCUGGCGAGGUGGGCAUGGGCAGCCUUCUCGCCGCCGUCGCUGCCGGUGCAGACACUACGAUGGCGAGAGGCGGCCCCGAUGACGAUGACGGCGGCGGCGCCAGCAGAGAAGGGUGGGGGCAGCCUCGGAGCCCCCCGCGGGAGGGGGGCGUGACGCCCCCCGGCGGUUGGAGCGUGGGACCCCGGAGCCAGAGCGGGGCGGCGGCGGGAACGCGGGGGGGUUCCACGACGCCGUCGGGUGGUCGGCGUGCCGCCGCCGCCGCCGCCGCGGCCGAGGGAGGCGUGUUUUUGGGUGAACCUGGCCAAUCAACGACGGGCGGGAAGGCGGGGUUGCCGGCGGCGGGGCCUCCCAGGAGGACCGCCCCUUCGUCUCCGCCCGUUAUGUCCCUCUCGGGGCACCUUAUCGGGCCCGAGGUCAGGCGCGGGCAGGGGAGCGGGGAGGUCAACAAGUGGGCGCGAGAUGCGUUCAUGAAGGAGGCGGUGACGUGGGAAGACUUCUCGCGGUACCCGCAGGAAAUCGUCCAAGACCCGAGGUUGCUGGUGGCGGUGGAAGGCUGUCUCCUAAGCUUGUCGGAGGCCCUUCCCCACUUGAUCGCGGCCUCCGUCUUUGGGAACUCCCUGCCCCAGCCGUCCGUUGCGAGAGGAGAGGCUCCACGGGGCGGGUCUCACGCGGAAGCAUCGCCGGCCGGCGGCCGCGCCGGCGGCGGGGACUGCGACGGCGGCGGGGGCGGUACCGACGGCGACAGGGAGGAGGCCGGCAGCUUCUGCGCCCAGGACGGCAGCACCGGCGGCGGAAGCUCGUCCGUUCUCGCCCAAGACCUCGUCGGUGGCACGGCGAGCAGGGGCACCGAAGCCGCAGCAGCAGCAGCAGCAGCGGGAGCGGGGGGGGCGUACGGCGGCGGCGGUGCCGCCUCCGAUGUGGGUGGGGUCGCACCGGCCUCCGACGGAACCAUGGCCGGCUCCGAAGAGGCGGAGGGAGCGGCGGGGGGGUACUGGGGGCUGUCCGGUUGGUUCAGCCGCCGCUCCGGGAUGUCCCCGCCUCUCCCCAUGGGGGAAGAGCCGGGUGCUGGGUUGGCGAGCGACCAGAGGCUGUCGAUGGCGGGUUCCGAUGGGCGAGCCUCUUGGUCGAGGAAGGGCGGCGGGGCGACGGUGGUGGCGGCGGCGGGGGGAGGGAAGGCCGCCGGGUCCGGUCGCCGCGUUCGCAGGGGCUCGUGGAGGGGGUCUCCGUCGCCGCUGUCGAUCGAGGUCGUGGGGGCCGGGGAGCUGAAGCGGAGCCGCGGAGCCGGCGACGUGUCGGAGAGCGACGAGGACGAGGACCUUUACGGGAAGACGCUGCGGCCGACAUCGGAGCAGCUGGCGGCUUUGAGGCUCAGGCCGGGGUGCAACACGAUAGAGUUUGUCGUAAACGUGGCGGGUCAGGCGGAGCGCGUGGUGUCCGCGCGGGCCUUCCUUUGGGGCAGCGGGGCUAGGGUUGUCGUCUCGGACAUCGAGAACACCAUCGCCAGAAGCGGCGGCGGCGGCUCCGGUAGGGGAUCCUUUUCUCAAGUCAUCGGCCCCGGCGUCCAUAAAGACGUGUCGACGCUCUUCUCCAAGAUCUCCGGGAACGGCUACAAAAUCCUCUACCUCACCAACCGACCGCUGCCAGACUGGCACGCCAAGAGGGGGGCGGCGGCGGCGGCCGAGGGAGGCGUCGCCCUCCCCAGGGGACCGGUACUGUGCCCCCCCGAGGUGCUGUUCCGCGGCACGUCGUCGAAGGAUAGGCGCAGCCACCACGAGGUGUUCAAGAUGACGGCGCUGCGGGGCCUCAAGCUCAUAUUCCCGGCAGACGUUAACCCCCUCUAUGGGGGCUUCGGCAACUCCGUCAGCGACAUGGUCGCCUACAAGAAGAUGGCGGUACCCGAAGGGCGCAUCUUCCUGAUCAACUCCAUGGGCGAGCUGCACAACAUAAACCACACGUACCGGCAGACGUACCUGUCCCUCAGCAGGCACGUCGACCUCACCUUUCCCCCCCUCCCCGACGACGGGGCGGACGAUUCCUUCGACGGCCACGAGGUCGAGGACUACUAUGCCGACAACGACGACGGUGAUGACUACGUCGAUGAUGACGGUGAUGUUGACGCCGAGAUCGAUGACGCGGUCGGCAGCGGCAGCGGCAGCGGCAGCGGCGGCGGCGGCGGCCAGGAUGUUGGUGGGAGCUCGACAGGGGUUCCGAAGUCGGUGUCGUCAUCGUCGUCUUCUUCCGUUGCAGGCGGCGGCGGCGGACCCGGUGGGGCUGGUGACGGUGCUGACGGUCCAGAUGGCGGCGGCGGCUGUGGUGGCGGCGGAGGCGUGUCCCCCGCUACCGGUGCAUCCGUUGCCGAUACCGACGGCCGAGAUAUCAACGGAUUUGUCCCAGCGCUUGGAGGCGAACGCGGCGACGGGAGCAAGAGCAAAGGUCAGGCUAGCCGCCGCCCUUCCCUGGCCGACAGCGGUAGCAGCGGCGGCGGCGUCGGCGGAAUCGGAGGGAAGGAGGCGGCGAGUUCCAAGGCGAAGGGGGCCCCGACGAUUCCGCGGAGGUGGGAGGAGGUGGCGCCGCGGCGGGAGAAGAGCUUCUACCCCAACCGCGCCGCCGUCGAGGACAGGUUCACCGACCUCAAUUUUUGGAGGGACCCGCCACCGCUUAUCGGCGAUGAUGAUGACGACGAUGACGAGGAGGAAGAUGACGACGAGAGUCAGCGUGAAGAGGACGAAGCCGAGAAGGCCGUGGCGGCCGGAGAGGGGGAGGAGAAUGGGGUGGCGGGCGGGAAGGACGAUUCGGAACGGGAAGACUGAUUUGGAACGCCCGGUGCGACAGGAUUAGUUCGUGUAGGAGUACGGGGACAGUGUGUGCGCUUUGCUGUCCAGCAGCCCGCGGGGUGUAUCAGCGUCGCGCGAUGUUAGAGAACCAUACUCUUAGUGCAACAAUAGUAAUGUAGUCGGUAGAAUAACUGGGAACACGGGAACGAUGCACCCGUUUGCUGUGCAGCAGCCUGAAAAGGGUUUUGUGUUCGUUCGUGUUUGAGUGUCCGAUGAUAUGUCCGGGCCGUGAUGGCCCUCUUGUUCGUUUGGUUUGUUUUUUGUUUGUCUGGUUUGCUCAGUACGUGGUUCAAGUGCUAGAACAGUAUUAAACAUGUUUCGUAUUCUACUAGGGUUCGGCGUGCGGCGACGAGGGCCUCGUUGUGGGGCACCGCAGAGGGCGGAUGGGUAGGGUGUCGGCCACGGUUAAAUAAUGGAACGGGCACCGUAUCUCUCACCCCGUUUUGUCGUACACAAAAAAAGUGUAACUGUUAAAUUGUCUGGUCAAAUCUGUGAGUGUAUGUGGUGUGUUCUGCCGCAGGGUGAGCGCUCGGUACAGGGGUGUGCUAUUGUUUAUCCCUGGUGUCGACUGUAGUGUUCCGUUCCCCGUAGCGAGGAGGAAUGGGUCUCGGGGCUUUGGAUGUGCGGUGAUAGUCAUAGGGGUAUUGGUGGUAGGGGGGCGUACUCGUGUUUUGCUUGCCUUCGACCAUUGGUCGCGCGUGCUCGAGAGGACGUAGCGGGAGGUGGAGGGCGUUGGCGAGCUGGGAUGGACAAGAGCCGGGAGGGAUCAUGCGCUACAUUUUUCCGUGUCAUUUUACCCGAGGCUUGUUGUCUCUUUUUUCCUCUGUAGACUAGAAACUAACACAGCGGCUAGAGUGUCAGGUUUUAUUGCUGUGGGAUUUUUCUCGGGUGGAAACCUGGUCGUUGGUCAAGUUCUUGACUAUUUUCUGUCUUUGUUACGUGUGGCUCUGCAUGUGCCGUGCGGUGGCGGUGGGAUGUGUGUGCAUGUGAGUGGGGAUGCAGCGGGGUGUUCACAGAUGUGUAGGAUGCAGCCACAGUUCGCAGGUGUGUUUUGCCUUCGGCCGCCUGCUGGUGCUUUAGGCGAAAUAGACUUUUCACAUGCGUGUAAUCCCGCCUUCGAGAGAGGAGGGCAUCGCAACAUGACGAUAGGUCAAGAGCUUUCUUUGUCUUGGCUCUUUUUACUAUUUUUUGCUCAGCUGGUUGUUCACUUGUCUCUCCGAAGCCGUGUGUGAAGUCGCUAAUUCAAGUAUUAUUGAGCGAUCUGGCGGGUUGUUUUUGGGAGCUUUCCAUCAUUGGUCGGCUGCUUGGUGUGUUGCUGUACAAUCAGUCGUCCGUUUGCUUUUUUUUUUGUUCACCUAGGGGAUUCGGCUCAAUCCUGUUCUCUUUGAGAGGGUGCCUGUUGUUGGAACUUGGUCAUCAUCAUGUCGAUGGUAUGCCGGGAGCCCCGUUGGUUGGAGGUUGUUCA